UUAGUCGGAAAUAAUUUUCGUUACGUUAAGGUACAUUUUUUGUGAAAAUAAGAAAUUUGAUUUUAUAAUUUUUGUAUAAGUUAUACAAAAGUUGCAUAUCGUAAUGCGCAAGACAUUUGAAACGAAUGCCAUGCUGGUCGUGGAUCCUGCUGAUGAACUAGUUCUCGAAGGACCAUUCAACCGUGCCGUUUGCAAAAAAAUUUUGGUAUUUAAUCCAAACAAACUGAGUCGCGUUUCAUUCAAAUUGAAGACGACCACACCACGUCUAUUCUUCGUGCGCCCCAAUGUGGGCCUGGUCAAGCCGGAGGAGCGGGUCGCUAUUGACAUAUUUGUCCAUCCGAUCUUUCCGGAUACCAAUGUGCAGCGCCAUAAGUUUUUGAUGCAGGCCGCCGAGUGUAAUGAGCCCGUGACUGAUUUGCACGAGUUCUGGCGGAAUGUACAGCCGUCCAGAAUCUGGGAUACCAAAAUCAAGGUCAAAUUAAUCGAUGUUAAGGAAGGAGUACAAAAUGUCAGCGAGCUUGCAGCGGAUAUAGGUAAUGCCUUCGGGGAGCAUCAGGAGAAGGAUGGCCAUGAUCCAAUGGCAAAACUUCUACAACAAGUAAACGAGCUGGAAGAGGAGCGUCAACAUUUGGUGCAGAAGGUCGAGACGAUCACCAAGCAAAACGAGGAGGAGAAAACAAUGUGCAAGGAUCUACGGCAGAAUCGAGGAAGCUGCUUCUUUUUUUUCUUGGCUACUUUUUUUGUGUUGAUAGCUGCUAUUGCCGGCGGCUAUGUUGGAAAGAAUUUCAUGUAAACGUCUCACAUUAAAGCAUAAGGAUUAAAUACAAAA